AUGCUCGGCCCGGCGCUGGGGCUCCUGGCCCUGCUGGGGCUGGCGGGCGGCUGCAUCGCGCCCGCCGAGGACGUGUCGCGGAUGCUGCAGCGGCUGGAGGGCGCCGCGGGCGCCGAGGGGCCGCCCGACCCCAGCGUGCUGCUGGCGCUGAACCUGGCGGGCGCCGGCGGCUGCGCCCGCUGCAAGGAGCUGCUGCAGCGGCUCCGCGAGGCGGCCGUGGAGAGGGCGGCCAAGGACAUGACGUCGGGGGAGCUGGCGCUCUACGUGCUGGCCUUCCUCUCGUCCUGCGAGAGCCCCCGCGCCGUGCAGGCGCCGGCGGGCACUGUGGACGUGCUCUCCUGGCUGCAGCUGCGCACCGAUGAGGAGGUGGCACACCUGGAGCUCGAGGGCACCCCGCGGACCACGUUCUACCAGCUCGGCCUGGACGUGACGGCGCUGUGCGUGGCGGGCACGGGCGCCUAYGAGCUGGCCGCCGUCAAGCUGGCCAAGGAGGUGCUGCGCGCCGGGGAGCAGCUCUCCGUGG